AUGCGAUACUUUUUGGGUAUGGAAGUAGCGAAGUCAAGAAAGGGGAUCAGUGUUUUACAGCGCAAAUACAUUCAUGACCUCCUAUCAAAAACAUGUAUGCUUGGAUGUAAACCAAGUGACACACCAAUUGAUGCAGGAAGAAAGCCAGAAAAUAUUGGAAAAUCAGUUGAGAAAGAAAGAUAUCGACGACUAGUGGGAAAAUUAAUCUAUUUGUCUCAUACUAGACCAAAUAUUGCAUUCUCAGUCAGUGUAGUAAGUCAACAUAUGCACUUACCAAAGCAAACACACAUGGAAGCAGUAUAUAAAAUUCUCAGGUAUAUGAAAGGCUCAUCAGGAAAAGGACUAUUCUUCAAGAAAAAUGAGAGGAAAGAAGUAGAAAUAUUUACGGAUGCUAACUGGGCGGGUUCUACGGAAGAUAGGAGAUCAAUAACUGGUUAUUGUAGCUAUAUAUGGGGCAACUUAGUAACUUGGAGAAGCAAGAAACAAAAUGUUGUAGCAAAAAGUAGUGCAAAAGCUAAAUUUAGAGCGAUGGCCCAAGAAAUUUGCGAAGGACUAAAGGGAGGAAAUUCUCAUUGGCAGAAGCGACAGGAGAGAAAGCAGAUUCAACCACCGAGAAGCAAAGGAUUAAGGACCAAAGUAGGUAAUGGUUUGGUAAAAACAUCCGCAAAUCAAUGGCACGAGCGAACAAGAAGAAGUUUCACUAUUCCAGUUGUAAUCUUGUCAUGA